UAUUUAUAUAUUAGAUAGUACACCGAUUGUUAUUAUUGUUAUUGAAGGUUGUGCUGAUGCAAUUAAAAAAGGUUUGGAAUUAUAUUUAAUAGUAUUAAGUAUUGAAUGUUUAUCUAUUUUAGUUUAUAAAAGUGUUGUUCAUGAUAAAAUUCCUGUUAUAUUUGUUGAAGGUACAAGUGGAUGUUGUGAUUUAUUUGCUAAAUGUUAUCAUUUAUAUAAUGGACGUAAAUCAAAAACGGAAUUAUUUAAUCAAACAAAAUAUAAUUCAUUAUCAGUAGAAAAUGAUGAAGAAUUAAAAAGUAAAAUUCGUGAAGCAUUACAAAUCGUUAAUCAUGAAUUGGCGGAAACAUCAUGUACAAAUGCACCAGAUCAUGAAAUAGAUUAUUUUGAAUUAAUCUAUGAAUGUGUUACAACACGAAAUAAAUAUUUAAAUUUUAUUGAUUUUAAAGUACAUAGUCUUAUUGGUGAUGAUAUUAAUUUAGCUAUUUUACAAGCUCUUAUUAAAGUUACUUCAUGUGAAAAAAAUAUCGAAGAAAAACGUAAACAAUUGUAUUUAGCAUAUGAAUGGAAACAAAUCGAUAUUAUUAAAAAUUCCAUUAUGAAAAAUGAACGAGAUUGGAAGUUAAUUGAUUUGAAUGAUUUAUUUGAAAAAGCUCUUGUAGAAAAUCAAGUGAAUUUUAUUCAAUUAUUUCUUGAUCAUGAUUUUUCAAUAAAUGAUUUAUUUCACAAUACAAAUAAACUUGUAGAUCUUUAUGAAAAUGAAUUCAAUGAUUCAUUGAAAUCAGUUUAUACAGAAAUUAUUCAACCACUUCUUGGAAAUGUUUCUCAACUUGAUGAAGAUGAUGAUUUACCAAAAAAUUCUUUUACAAUAUUAUCAAAUAAUGAAAUAGAUAUUAAUAAAGAACUCUUUUUAUGGUCAGUUUUAACAGGAAGACAAGAAUUAGCUUUACUUUUUUGGACUCGAGGAAGAAAUAAAAUUUGUACUGCUUUUAUUGCAAUAUUAAUCUAUAAAAGUAAAACAAGAACAGAAAGGAAUAUUAAAUAUGAAGCAUGGAUAGAUAAAUUCGAACAUUUAGCUGUACAAAUACUUGAAAGAUUCUAUUUAACAAAUCCAUAUAAAUGUAAACAAGCUAUUGUUAGAGCUAUUCCAGAAUAUGAUAAUGUUACUUGGUUACAAUUAGCUGUUAUAGCUGAAUCAAAAUUAUUUAUUGCUCAACAAGGGGUACAAGAUGUACUUCAUGAUAUAUGGUAUGGUCGUAUUGAUCGUCGAGUUAGUCAUUCAUUAAUAAUAUUUUCAAGUUUUAUGCUUCCGUAUAGUGGUUUUCUUACUUAUUCUGAGGAAUUAAUUGAAGGUAGUAAUAAAUAUAAUGAACCUGAUAGUUCACAAUAUUAUAUACCACGAUUAAAAACCACUAUUGAUAAGAUGUGUAAUGAAUCAGAUACGACAUGUUCGAGAUUAAUCGGUGAUGAUUUUAAUGUCGAUUAUAAGAAAAGUGGUAUUAAGCAAUAUAUAGGAAAUAUUUCAAUAUUUUUACAUGCUCCAUAUGUGAAAUAUCUCUACAAUCUAUAUUCUCAUGUGAUAUUUUUACUAUUAUUUUCAUAUGUAUUAUUAUGUGAUUAUUUUCCAUUAUAUGAAUAUCAAUCUAAUUAUGGACCAUCAAUGACUGAAUUAAUACUUAUAUUAUGGGUAUUUACUUUAUUGUGUGAAGAAAUUCGACAAAUAAGAGCAAAGAAAACUCACUCAAUGUAUGGAAAAUUGCAAUCCUAUUUUACUAUACUCUGGAAUAAAUUAGAUACAUUCGCUAUAAUUCUAUUUUUUAUUACUUGUAUACUUCGAUUUCUACCAGUUAGCGGAUGUUUUAAUAUUGCACGAACUAUUCUAGCUAUUGAUUUAUCUAUCUGGUAUAUUCGAACACUUGAUAUAUUUUCUGCUGUAAAACGAUUAGGUCCUAAACUAGUUAUGAUUGGGGAAAUGGUUCAUGAUCUUACAUUUUUCAUGUUAAUGCUUACAGUAUUUGUAUUAGCAUUUGGUGUACCAACUUAUAGUUUAUUAAAUGAUGUUCAAAAAUUUUCUUGGCAUAUGCCACGUCGUAUAAUUAAUUUAGCCUAUUGGCAAAUAUUUGAAUUACAAAUAGUUGAAGAUAUUGAAAAAAAUUAUGAAUUAAAUGGUUAUGUUAUGUUUUUCUUAUUAAUAGUAUAUAUUACUGUUGCAAGUGUUCUUUUAAUUAAUCUUUUAAUAGCAAUGUUUAGUAAUACAUUUGAUCGUUUACAUAUGGAUACAGAUUGUAUAUGGAAAUUUCAACAAUAUUCAUUAGUAUGUUAUCAAUUAAAACGUCCAUUAUUUCCACCACCAUUUAUUAUCAUAUCACAUAUUUGGCGUAUAAUUAUUUAUGUUUUUUCACAUUCUUUUAAAAUAAAAUGGUUUUAUAUGAAAUAUAUUAAACAAAAAAAUCAAGCCAAAUUUAAGAUAAGUGUGAAUAAAUUAUUGACAAAACAACUUGAGGAAAUUGAAGAUGCAUUAGGAAAUGAAGUUUAUUUUAUUUCUUUGAAAGCGAAUCAAAAACAAAUUGAAUAUUCAAAUGAUUUUAACGAAGAACGAGUAUAUUCAUCACAAGAAAUCGUAUUGACGAAAAUAAAAACACUUGAAAAUGAAGUUCAAUCUGUACAAAAUCAACAAAUUAAUAUGUUUCAAUAUUUGGAAUAUUUAAUGAAUGGGAUGAAAAAAAUUGGUGGUGAUGAUAUUGAAAUGCCUCAACGAUGCCAAGAUGAUUUCGAACUCAUAUAUUUAAUUGUUUUUAUUGAUAUUCUAUUUUAG